AUGGAGCGACGCAGGGAGAAGGCGGCGCAUGGCGGCAGGAAGGACGUCGUGGGGCCAGGUGAGAGCAGGGGGCAACCGAGUUGUGUGCUGCCUGUUCUGCACACGGAACUGCUGGCGGAGCGCCGCGUGCAGCAGCGAGAGGAGAGGGAGGUGGCGCAGCUCCGCCACGCCCAGCAGAAGAUCAUGGGAAGGAAGACGGUCGAGGACUUUGCGCAUAUCAAGCUGCUACGACGCGAGACCGCGGCGACUAAGAGUCGCAGCUUGCACUGCAACGGGCAGACGAUCAAGGCAGCAACAAGACCCAAGAAGCGGGAUCCUGGAAGCAAGGUUUGUCUGGAGUCGCGCCCACUUCAGUCCGCGCGUGAGGCAUAUUCGAGACCGGCGUCGAGGAGUCUGCCUCAACGUCCGCAAUCCGCCAAGCCUGCGCUACAAACGCACAGCCACUCGACUGGAACUCUCGAAACCAUGGCAGGAAACAACGUGGAGCAAGCGGCUCCUUCUGGCGGCAGGCAGGCAAAAGCGCACAUGGUCAAGAAGAAAAAGAGGAGGAAGUCGAUUGACCGCAAGUCGCGACGGCUCGAGCCAUGCAGUUCGACGCCGGUGCUGCCCGAGCGCUGUGAAAGUCCUCCGGCCUGCAAGAAGAUCAGCAUCGUCGUGAACAUGCGCAGCCUGCAGCUGCAUGAAGGAAUGGACUUGCCGGCCGACAACUCCCCUCCGCCUGUCAUUUCGGCGUGGGGCGACUAA